AUGUCUAUGAGGCGAAAGAAGUUUGGAGAAGAUUGGGAUGAUAUAGACAUCGAUGAGGAGGACGAAGGACAAGUUGAGGAACACUUAGUAGAGGAACGGUCACGACUUAAACUAGAGAUGGAAAGGAGAGAACAAGAAAAAAGAAAAAGAGAAAAGGAGAAAGAAAAACAACGCAAAUCACCCGCAAAAAGACCGAAACUGCCAAUUGGUGUCAUUAUCAAUACUGACAAGAGCAGGUAUGAGGUUCUUGAAUUAUUGGGAGCUGGUGGUUUUGGGGACGUUUACAAAGUGCGACAAGUUGAUGAGGCUGGAAGAGGUGAUGAUAUAUUUGCUCUGAAAACUGAAACGAAUACCUCUGGGAAGAUACUCAAUCGAUUAAAAAUGGAAAUGACUAUUUUGCAAGAAUCUGAAAGUCUGCCGGAAGAGAAACGAAAACAUUUUAUCAAAAUGAUUGAUAGAGGACGAACGGAAUCAUUUAAAUUUAUUGUGAUGCAGUUAGUGGGUACCAGCGUUGAUAAACUUCAAAAGCAACAACCUAAAAAACACUUCACACUCUCGACCACCAUAAAAUUAAGUCUUCAAACUUUGGAAGGAAUAAAAGAUUUGCAUGAUCUUGGCUAUCUGCAUCGAGAUAUUAAACCACAAAACUUCUCGAUUGGUCUAAGAGAAAAAGCUAAUAUUAUCUAUGUGCUUGAUUUUGGCAUUUCACGUCGAUAUAUUGAGAAACAUAGCAAAGCGAUCAGGUUACCUCGGAAAAUGGUGCGCUUCCUUGGCACAAUACGAUUUGCAUCACGCAAUUGCCAUUAUUCACGUGAACAAUGUCGAAGAGAUGACCUAGAAUCAUGGGUAUAUAUGUUAAUCGAGUUUACGGAAUAUGCAUCACUCCCUUGGUCGAAGAUCAUUGAUCGUGAUCUUGUUUGUAAGGAGAAGGAGCGACUCUUUGCUGGCACAUAUACGAAACAUAUAGCAAGCUUGCCGGAGGAAAUACACAAAAUUUUAAAAUAUAUCAACGAACUGAAUUUUCAAAAUACACCAGACUAUGAAUACAUAAUGAUGAUGCUGAAGCGAGCAGCGGCACGAAAACAUGCCAGCAUUACCGCGAAAUUCGAUUGGGAAGAGUCCGAGAGCGAAACGCAUGCUGCUAAGCAAAUGAUUAGCUGUGAUGACAAGUAUAAACCUCGAAACGAGAAAUCGGAAGGCCGUAAGCCAACCAAAAUAAGGCCAAUUAAUGUUAUUAUAAACAAGGUCAACCAUCUCGAAGAACAAGAACAAUAG